GGCGGAGUCGUGCGCGUUCAAAAACACAGAACGUUUGAGAGUAACUAGAGAGGUAGUUUGAUACACGGCGUUUCCCUCCACAAAUUAUCCAGAGGUGAUGCAAGUCUGUGAUCUCAUGCAUCAGUGCUUGCAUAGGAGUUUCUUUCAGUAGUGUGUGACAUGAAGGAAUGACAUUUUGCACAUAUAUGCAGUGGACUCCGAUGACAAAGACUGUGUUCCACUCUUCAAAGGUAAUAUUUUAUGCAAAAACUUUCCGAGCCUUUGUUUACAAGUUAAUACAAAUUGACCCGGCCACAUCGCUCGAGCGCAGUUAGUUUCAAAUUGUUGCACAAAUAAUGUUUUCUGCUUCCGGUUGCAUUUGCUACAGUUUCAUGUGUCUUGUAUUUUUAGUACAACUCCAUGAAUUAAAAAGACUAAUGUAAACAUGCUCCUGCUUAGGCCUGAAAGUGACGGUUUUGCAUUGCAUCGACAAAAUGUUGAUUUUUCUAACUUAAAGGUGUCAUGGAAGAAGAAAUCCUUCCUUUUUAUUUUUUAUUUGUGAACUUAUUCUUGCAGGUUGAUCUGUUUUUCUCGUUUACUUUGAGUGGAACAUGGCAGAACAAUUUAAUUUCAGUGUCAUAUUUUAUCUUCUACAAUACACUUCUUGUAAUGGUUUGUGUUUUUCAGCUUUGUGGUGAAAGAUCUGGGCUGGCAACUGAACGGUUGUAGGUUCAAACCCCACAAGGUUUUGACCUUUGCACUCUUAAGAGAAAGACAUUUAACCUCUGGUUCUCCAAGUGGUGUGUUCUUGUAAUAAGUGUCCUGUAAGCCACUCUGGAUAAAAAGCAUCUGCUAAUUUGCAAGUUUCUUUUAGGUAUUCCUUCCAGUGGAAAAGACUAGUUUCCAAAACAGCCAUGAAACCGCAAGAUGAAGAUGAGAAUCGGCGUCUGGGCACAUUGCUGUUCAACACCCUAGAAAGAGAAAUGCGUCUGUGGAGGGCACCAGUCCUGAGGAACGGUUGCAUUCAGGGUUCAGAUAUCAGUCCAUCUCAGUACCAGGAGGUGAUUGUGUGGAUGCAUGAAAUGAGCAGCGUAUUCCAGUUCUGCUUGGAGACUUUUGCUGUAGGAGUGUGUGUUCUCAACCGCUUGCUUGCAACAGUCAAAACUCGGCUGAAAUAUCUCAAAUGCAUGGCCAUCACCUCACUGAUCCUUGCUGCAAAAAUCAAUGAAGAAGAUGAGGUGAUUGCAUCGGUUAAAGACCUGCUGGAGCAAAGCGGAUGCAAAUUCUCAAUAGCAGAGAUUCAUCGCAUGGAGCGAAUCAUAUUAAUCAAGCUGCAAUGGGACCUAUACACCGCAACACCGAUCGAUUUCAUUCACAUCGUGAGUAGCAAUUGACAUGUUCACUUUCUUGUAUUCAGACCAGAACUUAACAGUACAAAAAGCACAAAAGAACAACCAUUUGAGGUGGCCGUUGCUAACAUUAUCUGAAAACUGACAUUUUGUGCAUGUGAAAAUCAGCAGCCGCAGGUGAUUGUACGAACCUUCAUCACCAGCAAGCUAUCUUUAGCGUGCAGUGCAUACUAGGCCAAGGCACUAAUCUGGCUUGUACUGAAGCAGUAAAGCAGUUAGAUAACCCAGCAAAGAAAAGAAGGAAAAAAAAAUUCUGUAUUUGCUCUCCGAUACAAAUACGCCCUCAGAAAUAGGAAUUAUCUUUCAUUGGAACACUGAAUUGUCUUGCCUUCAUAGUGGCAGGGUUGUGCUCCUGAAUUUGAGUUGAGGUGCAGAAUUGUAAUUUGAAUUUAAGGAAGUUGGAUUAAAAUG